CUUAUUGCCGCUUGAAACGAGUUUUUGUGGCUAAAGAAAAUUAGUCUAUUUUUAAAUGUUCCUCGUCUGCGCACAUGUCCGGCUCUGUUAUUCUAUACUUGUCGAGUUUUUAAAAGGUUUUGAAUUUUACAGCUUGUACAAAAAUUAAUUAUUACAAAUAUUGCUUCAGUUCAAUUUUUUUACUGGCAAGUAGAGUGUAUUAAGGAGUCGUUAAUGGUGAAAAAAAAAACAAUACGAUGUUUAAUCUCAUGGACCAACCGAAUGAAGCCGAUUAAUGCUCUUAAUGAAAUUCGGAGCGGUCAAAUUCUAUUUCGUUCAAUUAAGAGCAUUGAAGCAAUUAUUGGAAAUACCCACAGACAUCAGAGGCAGCGAUAACUUCAUCAAGCUUAUAAUUUAUGGAAUGAAAAUCAGGAAGUUUACUUCGCUUCUCUGUAUUAUUAUCAGCUUCGUGUUAUCGGUUUUCUGCCAAGUUGCUCCAUUUCUGAUUUGAACAUCGUGUUACAACAAACUGCGUCUAAAAUAUCAGAACAUCACUCAGUUAUACCUUUCUUCAAAGUUAUAAUGAUAAACUACAUUCCACGUAUUUAUAGUAAAUUUUCAUCGCGCAAUAAAGCGUUAAAAAAAAAAGAAAAUUCCCAACGAUUUUUCUCAAACGAUUCAAAUUUUAAAUUUCCCGCGCUUGUAAAAGCUCGGCCGACCGUCGGUAAGUGCGAUCAGCUGAUUCCGUAGCAAGCACUCGCCGGCUAUGCAAGCUGUGACCUGCAUUAGUGUGUGUGCUUUUUUAAAACAAUCUCUUCGUUGUCAAAACAUACUAAUACGAGCUGCACAAUAAACGGCAAGAAGUUUCCUAGUAGCUCGUUAUUUCCCCGAACGCGCGAGUCAACGUUUAUUUAUCGUCGUACAUUCCAAACUCGAAACCUCCAUUCCCAAGGUCUUUGCUAUAACGUACGAACCUAAAAAUACACCCCUUAUGUGAUUCCAUGAAGACGUCGUUUAAGCUAAACCUGAAGACAGCAUAUCUUCGCAACGAAUUACAUAAUUUCGAAAGAGAAAAUCACGUGGAUUUUCACCCACGAAUCCAGAGUGCAAAAUCUACUACCUGUAUCCAUCAAAUUUUGCAUACCUAAGAGGUGAGAGCUGCUUCGUGCUCCCGAAGCACCGCUGCGAAAUCAUAGCUGAAGACGGGACAACACAAAGGGCCGCCACAGCUGCCCGUAGCAUUGUCACGUGGCUCAUCCCGAGGGCCACUUCUCUUCUUCGUAAAUAUAAAUAGCUGAUGCUUCCCCGGCGACGACGGCAACACGAUCAUCAGCUUUCAUGUCAAUAACUGUUAGCGCUGCGGUGGCGCGACGUUUCCUUAUCAGCGGUCGCGCUCGCGGUGUCCACUGGCGAAUCGAUCGGUGCACUACACGCGCGCAUACGUUGCACUCUGCAGCUUAUAUAUAGGUAUACAUAGUGCAGUCCACUACAGCCCUGACCUCGACACUGCUGCUGCUCCGCCGCGGUGCUGCUGCUAGUCUGCUCAGUGGGUCUGCUGCAGCGGCCGCUGCUGCUGUCGGACGCAACUUCGCUAUGGCAGACGUCAGCGUGAACAUGGGCACCUCGAGGAAGAUGUCCUUUGGCUUCAACGGGAAGAUGAACGGCGUCGAGGGCAAGACGCCCUUCCUCAUCGGCGUUUCCGGCGGCACCGCCAGUGGAAAGUCAACAGUAUGUAAGAGGAUAAUGGAGAAACUAGGCCAAGUAGAUAAAGACCAUACAGAGAGACAGGUGGUGUGCAUAUCACAGGACAGCUUUUAUAGAGACCUUACACCGGCAGAAAAGCUUAAGGCUGAAAAGGGACAGUAUAAUUUUGAUCAUCCGGAUGCAUUCAACAAUGACUUAAUACUGCAGACACUUAGGGAUAUUCUUGCAGGCAGGAAAUGUGAAAUUCCUGCCUACGACUACAGGACAAACAGUUUAAUCAAGGACAAAGUUACGACGAUUUAUCCUGCCGACGUAGUACUUUUUGAAGGAAUUCUAGUAUUUUAUUUCCCAAACAUAAGAGAUCUUUUUCACAUGAAGCUGUUUGUUGAUACAGACUCUGAUACAAGGUUGGCAAGAAGAGUACCAAGGGACAUUAAUGAAAGAGGAAGAGAUCUGGAUUAUGUGCUAAAUCAAUACAUGAAUUUUGUAAAGCCAGCAUUUGAAGAAUUUUGUCUACCUACCAAAAAAUUUGCUGACGUGAUAAUUCCGCGGGGAGCGGAUAAUACAGUGGCCAUUGACUUAAUUGUCCAACACAUAAGAGAUUUUCUAAGCAAUCGAUGUAGGGUAGUUGUGGAACCUGAAAGUCCAAUUAGCCGUUCUGAUGAAACACUCAAGAGACCUCACUAAUACCUCAUAGAGAUUCUAUAAGAAAUACUUAAAUAAUCAAAAGAAAGCUCAUAUUAUCUGUGAGCAUAGUUUGAGACCUAUGCAUAUUAAGAAUUGAGCUUCAAAAAAAUAUUUUUAGAAGAAAAAAAAUAUAUACAAUAUAUUUUAGACAAUGCGUUGCACCUCCUAAAAUAAAAAACGGGUGCUGAGGCAACUAUCAAAAUUACGCAAGUAAAACUUAAUGAGCUUUAAACCAAAGAUUGGUUUAUAAAACCUAGAAGUUUAUUUUUCUGAAAAAGUAAAAGAGAGUUCAUAGUUUUAUUAUAAAAUUUAUUUACUCAAUGUUGUCAAUGUUGUAAAUUUUAAAUACAAAAUGUCAUAAAAUAACAAAAGAAAAGUUACGCAGAAAUAUGUGAUUUAGCUGAGUGAUAAUUUAACAAAUUUAUAUAAGAAAAGCAUUUAACAAUGAUUAUUUUUAGAUAUAAGCAGUAGGAUAAGUGUAAAAACAGUAUAUUUUUCUUACAUGAUUAAUUUAGUACUAAUUUUUUCAAAUGUUGUAUUUGCAAAACUUUGUGGAUUAUAAAGAAACAUUACAAAAUAUACAUUAUGCUUUAAUGCAAUCUUAAAUUAAA